CAGCAUGAGCGUCAUGAUUAAGUUCGCCAUGCUUCCCCACUAACGAAAUCAUCACAAAUGGCAGUUGGAAUCGAUUGCUUUCCUAUAGCCAGACUUUACGUCCCAUCAUUCACAUGCAAUAGAUCUUUGCUUCCUAUAAAUCUUGGUCCUCUUCCUCAAGGAUCCUCCCAUCCUGCACUAGGCAUGAUGAAGCUGCCGGCGAUCCUCACCCUCCUCAUCGUUGCUCCGGUCCUCCUGGGUCCGGCGCGGGCGGCGUCGCCGGUGACUUGCAACCCGAUGGAGUUGAGCUCAUGCGCCGGAGCAAUACUGACAUCCGCGCCGCCCACCGCCACCUGCUGCAGCAAGCUCAAGGAGCAGCGGCCCUGCUUCUGCCAGUACCAGCAGAAUCCCAACCUAAGAGGCUACAUAAACUCCGACAACAGCAAGAAAGUUUCCAAGUCAUGCGGCGUUCCGAUCCCAGCAUGUUGAUAGUGUAGUAGUAAAUAAGAUGAAGUUGAUAUCUAAUCUGUGUGUCUGUGUGAAGGUCUUCUGCUUGAACAGGUGCUGUGAGUUUGGCUUGAUGAUGUAGCUUCCGAGUGGGGGUUUUUAGUUGUCGAUCUGUAUGAUGUCUUUGAAGUGAUGCUUGAGACUAAGAAUCUCGUCACCUCAGGUUAGUCAGCAAAGCUCAACAAAGAUGAAAUCUCAGAUUCUUGAAA